AAAUUUAUGAUAAGAAGGAAAGAUUAAAAAUUCGCGCCAUUUCAUAUAUAGUUUAUGGCCAUCAGAGCGUCACGUCCAAUACAAUAUGUAGGAAGUAUGGUCUUUAAUGUGUCUAUUUUAUGGCAGUUUUUCCCGCCACAACCUAUACCAAGUGAGAUGUUUCAAAACUCAAAAAAAUCUGUGAUAGUUUAAGAAAAUUUCUACUUGUCAAGUUUUUAACAUAGUUGUCAAGCAAAAUGGAAGACAUAGCGAACUUGGCUGAUCUGUUGCCCACUUAUUAUACAAGAUUAUUUCCCUUUCACGAUUAUUAUCGUUGGCUCAGCUAUGGAAAUGUGAAUGUAUUUACCCACAGAGAAUUUUCAUUCACUCUCCAAGGUGAUAUCUAUCUUCGUUUCCAAUCGUUCAAAAGUGCAAAGGAGUUGGAGUAUGAGAUUAAAAGACUUCUUCCCAUUAAGAUUGAUAUAGGCGCGGUAUACAACCUCAGUCCAAAGGAUCAACGCAAAGGAACAAAUUUUCAUCCUGUUGAAAGAGAACUGGUUUUUGACAUAGACAUGACUGACUAUGAUGAUGUAAGAACAUGUUGCAGCGGUGCAGAUAUCUGCUAUAAAUGCUGGAAGUUUAUGGCAUUGGCUUGUAAAAUUUUAGACAGUGCUUUGAGAUUGGAUUUUGGAUACAAACACAUAUUGUGGAUAUUUUCUGGCAGAAGAGGUAUCCAUUGCUGGGUAUGCGAUCCUAGUGCACGCAGCCUGACUGCAACAGAACGUGGUGCAGUAGCAGAGUAUUUGCAAAUUGUAGAAGGUGGUGAAUAUAUGAAGAAGAAAGUGAAUUUACCUGGUGAUAGAAUACACCACUCCGUCAAACGUGCGCUGGAAAUGAUAGAAGCUGUUUUUGUUCCAUUCUGUAUAGAAGAACAAAAUAUAUUAGGAACAGACGAAGGAAUGGAAAAAUUUCUGCAGAUAAUUUCCGAUGAUGAAGAUAGACAAGAACUAAAAGCAUUUUUUGGGCAAUGCAGUUCCAGCAAGGACAGAUGGGACUCAUUUGUGAAAUAUGUUAAGAACAAGAAGACCACGGGAGAUAAAAAAUGGUAUCAAUAUCGUCAUUUGAUAGAAGAAGUAAUGCUACAGUAUGCUUAUCCGAGAUUAGAUAUAGCUGUCAGCAAAGGAUUGAACCAUCUUUUGAAAUCUCCUUUUUGUGUUCACCCAAAAACUGGCAAAAUUUGUAUCCCAUUCACCGUAAAUGCAGUGGACAAAUUCCAGCUAGACAAAGUUCCAACGCUUGCAACGUUGAUCGAAGAAAUAAACGAAUUCGAUGUAAAAGAUAAGACUGAACAAGAAACGUACGACUUGAAUGCGAAGAGGAUAAAAGAUUACAAGAAAACUAGUAUUAAUAAGUCAUUACAUAUCUUCCAAGAAUUUCUAUGGAAUCUAGAAAAUGAAAGAAAAGUGCAGAGACUCCAGCAAAACGACAUGAAGAUGGAAUUUUAAUUAGAAUGUAUUUGUAUUUUUUUAAAUAAGUUUAUAAAUAAAGUUUAAGAGUAGU